UUCAUUUCCUUAUAAUGCAACAUCUUCGGGUUUGUGUUGUGUUUCAGACUCAAGGUUGCCGUCGCAAUGGGUUGCAAAGCAAACAUCUCUUUGUAGUAGUGCGAAAAUCUAGAAACAUUGAAAUAGAAUGUGGGAAAGCAUGUCGAGUGGAACAACCCUAGCUGGCCAGAAAGUCAAUUUGAUUAACUAAUGCGAACGCUCCUUCCGUUUUCACACAGGCCACGAGAGAGAGGAGGGAGGGAGGUAAAGAGAGAACGAGCGAGCUACACGAAAGCUCCACUGUCAGAAAUUCGGGCAGGAUGUAACGCGAAUGGGUUUUCCGUACAAGACACAAGAAGAAAGGGUUAGGCUUGCUGCGUAGCAUCUGUAUGAUACAGGGUCAUGCCCAGUCAUAGGCGGAUUUUGUAACAUCGGCCUGUUUGGCAAAGUGAAAAUCAGCAAAUAGUGUAACAUAAUUGGUGAGCUGCCUCGGAUAGACCUUGGUAGUCUCUUUUUAUUAAUGGGACAUGAUAUCCGGAUUGCUUCAUGCUAGCAGAUUUGCUAUAAAGGAAAGUAAACUUAAGUGCAUAGGUGUGGAGACCACCAGGACUAUCUGUAAGAGGUUAUCCGACACAAAAGUGAAGAAUGGCAACGACUUUGACGGCAGAAGAAGAACAGGCUACAAAGCAGUUUCUUGAAGAGAUCAACAAAUGGACCACAAAGCAUGGCGUCACACCGUUGUCAUGGGAGGUGGCAAUCAAGUUUCUCAUGGCCCGAAAAUUCGAUGUGUUCAGAGCAGUGGAGCUGUUUCACAGCUACCGGGAAACACGUCUGAAGGAGGGCAUCGUGAGACUCCAGCCCCAGGAGGAGCCUCUUCGCUCAGAGCUGCUCAGCGGAAAAUUCACAGUUUUGAGUGCGCGGGACCCCUCUGGCGCCUCCAUUGCGCUCUUCACGGCGAAGUUGCAUCACCCCAGCAAGAGCGGCAACCAUGUGGUGCUGCAGGCCCUGUUCUACUUGCUGGAUCGGGCGGUGGAGAGCUUUGAGACGCAGAGGAACGGUUUGGUGUUCAUCUACGACAUGGCUGGCUCAAACUACACAAAUUUUGAGUUGGACCUGAGCAAAAAGAUACUCAACAUGCUGAAGGGUGCGUUUCCUGCCAGGCUGAAGAAAGUUUUCAUCGUUGGGGCCCCGGUCUGGUUCCGCGUUCCCUACAACCUUCUGAGUCUGCUGUUGAAGGAAAAACUCAGAGAGAGGGUGCAGAUGGUGAAGAUGUCGGACCUCUCCCAGCACCUCCCCCGCGACUGCCUGCCCGAGCACCUUGGCGGUGUGCUGCCUCUGGACGCCUCCGGCCUCAACAAGGAGCUGCUGGCCACGCAGAACGGCCGGGCGGACCCCAUGGACGAGCUGGUCAACGUCCAGGUCCCGUCGCUGCUGGACAGCGGCUCGUCGUUGUCCUCCUCCGUCCACACGGCGGGCACCGACGCCCUGCGGCUCCACGAGCUGGCGGCCCACGUGGAGACCCUGCAGCGGGCCGGCAUCUAUGCCGAGUACGAGGAGAUCCGCAAGGAGCCACCCGCCGGCACAUUCCACUGCGCACUAGCGGCAUUCAAUCAGGACAAGAAUCGCUAUGCGGAUGUUCUUUGCCUGGACCAAACACGGGUUUGCCUUAAAACCAAGCGAAAUGAGAGAUCUGACUACAUAAAUGCCAGCUUCAUGGAUGGCUACAAGCAAAAGAAUGCCUACAUUGGCACUCAAGGUCCUCUGGAUAGGACCUAUGGGGAUUUUUGGAGGAUGGUAUGGGAACAAAAUGUUCUUGUAAUCGUCAUGACUACAAGGACUGAUGAAGGGGGCAGGAGGAAGUGUGGGCAGUACUGGCCCCUGGAGGAGGGAGGCCAGGAGGUGUACGGCCACAUAGCGGUCAUCAACCAGAGAGUGGAGAAGCAUUCCCACUACAACAAGACCACACUGGAGCUCCACAACACUGAGAACUGUGAGCAGAGGCAGGUGGUGCACUUCCAGUACGUGAGCUGGCCGGACUACGGGGUUCCGAGCUCGGCCGUCACGCUCAUCGACUUCCUGGCGGCGGUCAAGAGGCACCAGAAGAACGCUGUGGUCACCAUGGGAACGCGUUGGAGUGGUCACUACCUCGGCCCUCCGCUCGUGGUGCACUGCAGUGCCGGCAUCGGCAGGACAGGUACUUUCUGUGCGUUGGACAUCUGCUUGUCUCAGCUGCAGGACGUGGGGACGCUGAACGUGAAUCAGACGGUGAGGCGCAUGCGGACACAGAGGGCCUUUAGCAUUCAGACGCCGGAACAGUACUACUUCUGUUACGUGGCCAUCAUCGAGCACGUUCAGAGACAAGGACUGCUCAUAGACAACCAGUGAUGAGGUCACCAGUGGAAGAGAAGAGGGGCCCCUCUCUCUCUCUCUCUCUCUCUCUCUCUCUCUCUCUCUCUCUCUCUCUCUCUAUCGUCACACACAUUCCGCUCGCUGGACUAAUAAUGGAGGGUGGCUUCAGGAAGCCCCCCUACACCCCCCCCCCCUUCUCACAGUCACCCCAACAUUCCGAAUGGACUAAUGAGGUUCUGCGGGAGGUCUUUCUGGGUCGCGCUAAUUAUUUUACUCGAGCCAAGAGAGCGUUUCUUAAGAAGACGGCUGGCUGUACUGAGUACCAAAAUGCUUUUGGUUCUGCGGAGAACUCCCCGGAAAGGACUCAGGAGAAAGUGGAGUGAAAAGAAAUGAGAGAAUUACUGAUUUCUCUUAAACUGCUAGAGAAUAAAAAUGUCUACCGUACCUGUAGAGUCUGACAUGUUGAGUUAGGUGUACGAUGGUAUGAUUUUUUUCCCCCUGUUUUUCUUUUGUUUUGGUACCCAGUUGUCACCUUAAGUCUGUAUACAGGUCACUGUGUCGUAUUACUGUUGCGCGUAAUGUAUGGACAGACACGGUUGUCAAGCAGUCUCCAGUCGUUAAGGCUAGUUUUAGAAUAACACACCGCCAUGGCCUUUGUGCGUAUUGGUGAAGAACCUAUCAAAAAAGUGCCAUGUAUUUAUCUUUUCUGUGUGUCUACCUGUAUUUUAGUUAUGUAUACCACAUGAACCUUGACCAUAUAGGCACACAAAUAAUAUAAUGUAAAUGAUUAAGAUUAUUAUCAUAAAAAUAUUAAUCAUGAUUAUAAUGGACAGUUGGACUGCCCAGGAAGAUCGUUCCUUGAGUUGAGACAACAGUCAUUGUCUUGCCUCUGAUUGCAGCAUAUUACAUUUUUUUUGUAUCCUCGACAAUGAAAUAGUUCAAAGUAAUAAUACCAACUACAAUCAACCAUGUAACCUCUCAUUUCGCUGAGUAGAGACUCCCUGUCAAAGAGCUAUUGCUCUGUGUACUGUUAUGUACCGUACAAGUUAUGUCUAAAUUGUACCAGACUCACAUGUUUGUAUAAAAGUAAAUAUGCAUGUUUAAGGAUAUUUUUUUGCUUUGCUUUAAAUGAGAUUUAGAAAGCUGAUAUUUAAUCAAAUGCAAAUUAUAAAGAAAAUGGAUUAUAAAGUGGAUUUAAAGGUAA